GGCAAACGGGGUGCGGGUGGCGGCAGCAUCAGCAGGACGGUGGGGUUGGUGUGGUGGGUGUUCCGUCCUCUGCCCCGCCUAGGUAGUGGCUGCGGUUCCCGACCACGGGCCCAGCAGCCCCUGGGCAGAGCGGGGAUAUGGUCUCCAGGGUCGCCGAUCGGCUGCUGAUCGUUGUCUCCAUCCUAGAAGGGCGCUAUUUUCCGAAACGACCCAAGCACGUGCUUAUAGUUGAAGCAAAGUUUGAUGGUGAGCAGUUGUCUACUGAUCCUGUAGAGCACACUGAUGAGCCAGAAUUUGCUACAGAAUUGGCUUGGGAACUUGAUAGAAAAGCACUUCAUCAGCACAGGCUGCAGCGUACCCCUAUCAAACUCCAGUGUUUUGCACUGAAUCCUGCGUCUCUAGCUAAAGAGAAUAUAGGAUAUAUUGUGCUUGAUUUAAGGUCCGUGCAGGAAAAGAAACAGGCACCAAAAUGGUAUCCUCUGCUUAGUAACAAGUACACUAAAUUUAAACCUGAAAUACAAGUAGGUGUUGUGUUGGAGACUGAUUCAAAAGCACCGGUCGAUGGUUUUAAAGCAAAGGAGGCACCCUCUAGAGAAGCAUCUGCUCUUCUUUCUGGACUAGACCCUAAAAGUAUUGUACCAGUCUUGAAUGAAGAAGAAGGCUAUCAUCAAAUUGGACCAGUAGAGUGUUGCAGGGACUACUUUGUCUUGUCUGUAACCAUAGCAUUUGCCACACAGUUGGAACAGCUAGUUCCUAGUACUAUGAAGCUUCCUGAACGACAACCUGAGUUUUUUUUCUACUACUCAUUACUGGGAAAUGAUGUCACAAAUGAACCUUUCACUGAUUUAAUUAAUCCAAACUUUGAGCCAGAAAGAGCUUCAGUUCGAAUACGUAGUACAACUGAUGUUCUUCAAGUUUAUCUUUGUGCACAGUCAAAAUUGCAGAUCCAUCUUUGCUGUGGGGACCAGUCUCUUGGAAGCACUGAAAUACCCCUGUCUGGACUACUGCAGAAAGGAAAUGUGGAUCAGCACCCUGUGGCAAUAGAAGGAGCAUUUGUUCUUACUCCACCAAACAGAGCUAAACAGAAACUGCCCCAGUUGCCUUUGGAUAUGGCUCCUACUGUUGGGGUAUCUAUAAUUCUGCAAAGGGAGGGCUUGAGUGCUCAGCCUUUGAAUCACUUAAAUACCCCAACUGAACCUCAGAAGCCACAAGAGAAAGUUGUUUCACAUGUUAAUGAUGAGAAAACAGAAAGCUUGCAGCAGAGAUCCCAAAAUCUCCCAUCUCAAGCUGACCAUUCUUCUUCAACAAAAGAUGAAGCAACAGAAAGUGAGGUGGAAAGUCUUAAAUUAGAAAAAGGCACAAAACUAAAAAAAAAAGAGCUGGUGUCUGAGUCUUGCAUAGAGGUUGACAAACAGUAUAAUGAAGAGCUCCCAGUUUUCAAAUCACAGAGCAGACCAAAAUCACCUCUAUUGUCAGAGCUGCAAAAUACCACUGAUAAAGGUACAGUAGCUGCGUCUCAGCCCAACCCUGUGGGUGCAUCCAGUUCUUCUGAGGCUGUGUCAGCACAGAAAAUAGUUAUACCAGCAUCUUCUCACCAUUUUUGCUUUUCAAUAGACUUACGAAGUAUACGUGGUCUUGAAGUUGGUUUUCCAAUAAAUUGCAUUUUAAGGUACUCGUAUCCAUUUUUUGGCAGUGCAGCACCCAUCAUGACAAGCCCACCUGUAGAAGUCAGAAAGAACAUGGAAGUCUUUCUGCCACAAUCCUACUGUGCAUUUGACUUUGCAACUAUACCUCAUCAGCUUCAAGAUACAUUCUUCAGAUUACCUCUGCUGGUCGAAUUGUGGCACAAGGAUAAAACAGCUAAAGACUUACUUUUAGGGGUGGCAAAAAUUCAGCUUUCCAAUGUAUUGACUUCAGAAAAAACACGUUUCUUGGGUGGUAAUGGUGAACAAUGCUGGCGCCAGACUUCUUACGAAACAGUCAGUGUAACAGCAGCACAAGGGUCAGGCAACAGGAUAGCAGAGCUGUCUUAUGCUAUCACUUUGGAAGACUAUGGGCUUGUGAAAAUGCAAGAAGUUCUGGUGUCAGAUUCUUCUCAAUGCAUAGGUGCUGGUCAACAACGGCACGUCCCUCAUGCUCAGACUCACUGUGCUCCAGAAAACCGUGCAGAGCCUCGAGAAACUCUUGAAUACAAAGCAGCACUGGAGUUAGAAAUGUGGAAAGAAAUGCAAGAGGACAUUUUUGAAAACCAGCUUAAAAAGAAGGAAAUGGCCCACAUGCAAGCACUUGCAGAAGAAUGGAAGAAAAGAGAUAGGGAGAGAGAAGCAGUAGUGAAGAAAAAGGUAGCAGAAUAUACUGUUUUGGAAGAACAACUUCAGAAAACCCUGAGAGAUCUAGAUAAGCGAGAACGACAGCUUUUCAGUGCUGAGUCUGAGCUUCAAAGAGUAAAGAUGGAGUUGCAAGCAGAGCACGAACGAAGUCUGCAGGAGCUACAGGAUUCUGUCCGACGUGCGAGAGAAGAAUGUACACACCAAGUUGAGCUAGAAAGAUCAAAAAUCAAACAGAUGGAAGAAGACAAGCUUCGCUUACAGCAGCAGCUUUAUGAAGCAGAAAAUAAGCAUAGAAUUUUGGAGAAGGAGUUCCAGCAAUACAAAGAACAGCAAAAUAGCAAACCAGAAAUCCAGCUACAAUCAGAAAUAAAUCUUCUCACACUGGAAAAGGUUGAACUUGAAAGAAAGUUAGAGUCAGCUACCAAGUCAAAGCUCCAUUACAAACAACAAUGGACAAGGGCUUUGAAGGAACUUGCAAGGUUAAAACAGCGUGAACAAGAAAACGCAAUGGCUCACCUUAAAAAACAGCAGCAAGAGCUGGAGCACAUGAGGUUGCGCUAUUUGGCAGCAGAAGAAAAAGAGCUGGGGAAAACAGACCGGCAGGAGCUGGAGGAUAUUAGAAAUGAACUUAAUAGGCUAAAGCAACAAGAAGAAGAGAGAAAGCAAUUGCAAAAUGCUAGAGGUGAUUCUACUGGGAGAGUGGAUAGUCUUCAUUCUGGAAAACUAACUGAGAACGUGGAUGAUUAUCUCUCUCGUCUGAUAGAAGAGAGGGAUACCUUGUUAAGAACAGGAGUAUAUAAUCAUGAAGACCAUAUUGUAAGUGAACUUGAUCGUCAAAUCAGAGAAGCUAUUGUAAAAAGGAACAUCACUAAAUAGAAUCAUAGGAAAAGUUCUUAAAGAAGAGCCAAAAUUUGAAAAGAUUAGAUGAUUUUAAUAAAUCUGUACCACUUUGCAAAUUAUUGAAGGUCAUGCUUAAAUUUGCACAUUAGUGUUAGCUUGUUUUGAAUGCAAUGUAAAUAUUUGCAACGUGUGAAAUUGCAGUUGUAAAUUUUC